UUUACAAAGAGCGAAUAGCGAUGAAGAGAGGGGCUAUUCUAGCGUAUUACUAAUGUUACACACGCUGAACAUCGUUUAUAAACUACUAUUUUAUUGUCAGAUGUGGAAAUAUGGCGAAUAUUGACUCAUAAUCCCCCUCCAGCACAUUCCAGCAGCUUCCAUCCACCGUGUUGUUUAUAUUGACUCUAUACUGUGGGCCUGAGAGCAGCAGCAGCAUCAGCAGCGGACUGGAGGUGCCUUUCUCUUCUGUUUAAAACAUUAUAUAACCUUUUUAUUAUAUUAUCUGCGUUAUUUUAAUGCCCCGCGUGCGUUUUACUUUAUUUUUAAUCUAGGACAAUCCGCAAUGAUCCUUAAUUUACUGACAAAUUUAUAUUUUUAAUAAAUUAAUAAUUUAUUAUUCCGUAUUCGUAGCAAUAUUAGCAAUAUAUGUUGUUACUGUUUUAUAUUAUUUAUAUUAAAUAAUACAUUUAUUUAGUAAUAAUAGAUAGAUACAUCUUUUUUCGUUACUUUUUUUCUUAUUCUGCCACCUGUUUGUUGAGAGUUCCAUUAAAAAUCUCCACAGAUGGCGUUUAUGUCCAGAUUCUCGCGGUCCCGGAGCAACUCGAGAUCUCCGAGCAGACGGGAGUCUGAUAAAGGGUCACCAGUGUUAACCGUCUCUGAACUGGAGCGUCUUCUGUACACGGGGAAAACAGCCUGUAAUCAUGCAGAUGAGGUCUGGCCCAGGCUUUACAUUGGAGACCAGGACAUCGCUUCAGACCGGCGAGAACUGAUAAAGCUUGGGAUCACACACAUUCUCAAUUGUGCUCAGAGUAAAUGGCGGGGCGGGGCCGAGUACUACGAGGGCAUGAACAUCACCUACCACGGCAUCGAGGCCCACGACUCGCCCUCCUUCGACAUGAGCGUCAACUUCUACCCUGCAGCCGAGUUCAUUCACAAAGCCCUCAGCAUGGGAGGAACAGUAUUGGUACACUGUGCGGUGGGGGUGAGUCGCUCAGCCACGCUGGUGCUGGCCUACCUUAUGAUACGCCAGAACAUGACUUUAGUAGAGGCCAUCAAGACUGUCAAAGAUCACCGCGGCGUCAUCCCCAACCGGGGCUUCCUCCGGCAGCUCAACGGCCUGGACAGUAUUCUUCGGGCCAGCCGCAGUGCGUCAUGAAACCGCGGGUAAAGGUUUGAACCUGGCUGGCAGACCUCUGCCUCUGUCAGUGUGUGUUUAAACAACAGUACGAGUGUAAGAAGUUCGGUACAGUAA